AUGCCAUUCACCAACACUUUGAGUUCCCUAGGAGUCAUAUGCAAUAUGAAGAGUAAAUCCUUUUCUUCACUUGCAUGUUACAUAAGCUUUCUUCUGCAAGUGAUGUCAUCAGCUUCAGAGAAGCUGAUGGUGACCAUGCCCGCGCAACAUGUGGUGGCAAUAGCAGGAGGACAGGCUGAACUCACCUGUCAGCUGUCCCCACCACGCAGUGCAGAGCUCAUGGAGAUACACUGGUUCAGGGGUGAUCAUUCCAAACCUGUGUACCUCUACAGAGGUGGUCGAGAAGAAAACAGAGAAGCUGACCCGGAAUAUGUGGGUCGUGUAGAGUUUGUGAAAGAGACCAUUGGAGAGGGCCAGGUGACCCUCAGAAUUAAUAAUAUCAGCAUCUCCGAUGAGGGAUCAUAUCAAUGUUCAUUUGAAGAUAAUGGCUUCAGUGACAUGGCCAUCCUGAACCUUAGUGUAGCAGCAAUUGGCUUGGACACCCAGAUCCGUGUUCAGGCUGCUAACAAUAAACGACUGUUGAUUGAAUGUAAGUCCGAGGGGUGGUACCCACAGCCCAAAAUGGAGUGGAGAGACAGCAGGGGAGAGGAAGUUCCACAUUCUUCAAUAUCAUACUCACAGGAUGGAGCCAAACUAUUUCACAUGAAGAUGACUCUUCUUCUCCAGAACAAAUCACGGAACAGUAUAACCUGCUGUAUUUACAACUCAUUAACGGCACAUGAGAAAAAAGUUAACAUCAUCCUAGCAAGUGCUUUAUUUGAUCAGGACCACAUUUGGCCAAAAAUUUUGAUGUAUUUACUAAAUACAAUAUUCUUUAUUGCUGCUGUGUACAUUUUCUUUCUGUACAUUGAAUCAGUCUCUAUUGAAGAUCCUUUAUUUGACCUCUACAAUUCCUGGAUGUGGGACAUGACACUGGCGAUGGGUGUUAUGAUCGGUUUUAUCAUCAUCAUGCUAGCUGGUUUUUUGUGCUAUACAAUAAUAGGCCCUCCAGAAAACAGAGCAAUGAAGCUCUCCAAGGACAUGCUAGACAUUGAUGUCCUCAGGAAACACUCUCUGCUGCUUUGA